UUGUGACCGUUGCCAUGGAGGAAGUAAGGAAGACAACAAAAAGGAAAAAAUAGAAAAUUAUUAUUUCUGGAGGACAAAUCAUGGAGGACUAUGCACCGAGUCGUUAUAAAAUGCUAGAGAAAAUUGGUGAAGGUGUCCAUGGUUGUGUAUUUAAGGCCAUCGAUUUGCAACGCAACAAGGAGGUGGCCAUUAAAAAGGUGGCCCUAAAGAAUAAGUUCGGUAACAUUGCCUUGAAUACUUUGCGAGAGAUCAAGACUCUUCAAUUGUGUCAAUCGGAAUAUAUCUUGGGCAUUGUCGAUAUAUAUCCCGAUCUGACUGGCCUCUCACUGGUGCUGGACUAUCAGCCGGAUACUCUUUAUAGUCGUCUGAAGAGCGAAGUGAAUCCCCUGAGUAGGCAGCAAGUACGUAAAUUCGCCUUGAUGAUGUUUAAAGGGAUCACCUACCUCCACGAUGCAGGCAUUAUGCAUAGAGACAUCAAACCGGCCAAUUUGCUAAUCAGUGAUAAAGAUGUCCUGAAAAUCGCAGACUUUGGCCUGGCCCGUCUCCACUUUCCCGAUGAGGAGGGCCGCUUCUAUUCACCACAGGUCUCCACACGUUGGUAUCGUGCUCCUGAAAUACUCUGGGGUAGCCAGAAAUAUGGCACGGGCGUAGAUAUGUGGGCGGCAGGUUGUGUGGUGGCCGAAAUGUUGCGUGGAGUUCCCCUUUUUGCUGGCACAACGGAUAUCGAACAAUUGGCCAUAAUUAUACGUACUUUAGGCACUCCCCGUUUAAAUCAGUGGCCAGAGUUGACAUCUUUGCCGGAUUAUAGUAAAAUACGAUUUCCCAAUUCCGUGGGCAUGCAUUGGGAUAAUUUGUUUCCCAGUUGCACACAUGCUGUUGAAAUUAAUCUGGUCUCCAAUCUGGUCAUCUAUAAUCCCAAGAAUCGCCUAAAAGCGAAAGAGGCCGUCGAGCAUGAUUAUUUCAACUAA